GCUCGCGUCCUUCCUCUGUCUCGCUCUCUCGCCUUGGCGUCGCUCCACUCUCCGCACCUCACUGCGACUACCAUUUCGGGGAUUUCCACUAGAUUGCAAGCGGAGAUGAAGAACUCGUUAUCGGAUCACAAUCUCUUCAUCGACAGCGAGGAGGAUGAUGACGCAAACGAGGAGGACGAGGAGGAGGAGGGGAGCAAGGCGUGCCCGUCGGAGGUCGCCGGCGGCGACGCUGACGGCUCCGAUUCGCCCUCCGACGAUGACUGCCUUCCGCGGAGCAGGCCCAGCUCUCACUCCACCAAUUGGCCCCAAAGUUACAGGCAAUCCAUUGACAUGUACAGUGGUCUGUCACCAGCCACAGGGUUUUUGGGGACUCCAACCCUUAGCAGAUUGUCAAGUUCCUUCUUUUCUUCAUUUCGAGUCAAGCACACCCCAGAAAAAACAGCCUCACUUAUUAAGCCUUUGCUGCCCACUACUACUGCUGAUGAGCAACCACAAGAAGAAAGACAAAGCUCUGAUUCGCUAUUGACCCCUCUACUGCCAUCAAGAAAGCCAUCUUUGGAGAAGAUACAAGAGAAAGUCUUUCAUGAGUUACCAAGCUCCCGAAAUUCUUCCUAUGGACAAGCGGUGUUCAAUGGGAUGAAUGUUUUAUGUGGCGUUGGGAUCCUUUCGACCCCUUAUGCUGUCAAAGAAGGAGGAUGGCUUGGUCUCUCCAUACUUCUGACAUAUGCGGUGCUUGCCUGGUACACUGGCAUUCUGCUGCGCCAUUGCUUGGACAGUCAACAAGGUCUGGCAACGUACCCUGACAUAGGUCAGGCUGCCUUUGGCACUACUGGUCGCAUUGCCAUCUCUAUAAUCCUCUACUUGGAAUUGUAUGCUUCUUGUGUUGAGUAUAUUAUAUUAGAGAGGGAUAACUUGUCAUCACUGUUUCCAAAUGCUCAACUGAAUAUAGGUGGGACACACAUAGACUCUCAUCUACUUUUUGCUACCUUGACUACUGUUAUAGUUCUCCCGACAACAUGGCUGCGAGAUCUUAGUGUUCUUAGUUACAUAUCAGUUGGAGGAGUUAUUGCAUCUGUGUUGGUAGUACUGAGCUUAUUUUGGGUUGGUCAAUUCGAUCAUGUUGGUUUUCAAAAUAAGGGCACUCCACUAAACCUAUCAGGUAUUCCAAUUGCCAUUGGCAUAUAUGGAUUCUGCUAUUCAGGUCAUGCAGUUUUCCCAAACAUAUAUUCCUCAUUGAAGAAACCCAACCAGUUCCCCUCCGUUCUCUUUGUAAGUUUUGUAAUUUGCACUGUGAUGUAUGCUGCGGUUGCUGUGAUGGGUUACACUAUGAAUGGGGAGUCAACGCUGUCACAGUUCACCCUCAACAUGCCACAAAAUCUAUUGGCUUCGAAGGUCGCUGUGUGGACUACGGUGGUGAACCCAAUAACUAAAUAUGCAUUAACGCUGACUCCAUUGGCAUUGAGUUUGGAGGAGUUGUUACCGGCAAACAGUUCGAACUCACACUUGUAUGCAAUCAUGAUAAGAACAACGCUGGUUCUUUCUACUUUAAUAGUGGCUCUUUCAAUUCCUUUCUUUGGAUUGGUAAUGGCUUUGAUUGGAUCAUUGCUCACCAUGCUUGUGACUUUGAUUCUUCCAUGUGCUUGCUUUUUGAGCAUACUUCGGGGCAGAGUGACAAGGACUCAGGGCCUGUUGUGCACCUUCAUCAUCGCAAUUGGAGCGGUCUCUUCCAUUAUAGGCACGACCACAUCGCUCUCCAAAAUUAUAGGCCAACUGAGUUCAUAAUUUAUGCCAACAACCGAAUAAAGUCCAUUGUUCCUUGUUUUCAUUUAACUGUUCCUAUUCCUUUAUUGUUUAUUCAAAUAAAUUUUAUUAGAAGAUGUCGAAUUUAUUGUCGUUUUUUUUUUUUGGGGUCAUUUUAAUAGAUGCAAAAGUAUAAAGAAGUGUAGGGACAUGUAAUUGAGAUUAUCUAUUUAUAUAUGGUUUGUGUCUUAUAUCA